AUGAAGUUAAUUUUGAUUGUUUUGUUGAUUUUUUUCAUUGCCCUAGUUAAUGGUGGCACAUCUACAUACGCCUCAACAUCAAGUGAAUAUUGCGCAUAUAUUGAAGGAAUUGUCAAUAAAAUGCCUGCUUUGGAGUACGAGUUGCUAAUGAAUGCAUGGUUUGAAAUGUAUGUAAAUGGAAGGUUUCUUGAGUCAGUCUUUACUCCGAGGUUCAACUUAGGUGUUGAUAUUAUUGAGGCUCAUCACUGUUUGGUCGAAAUUUUCAAACACACUUUACCGCCUCAAUCAUCAGUUCUUUCAGAGGUUCCACCGAAUUCGCAUUCAACGGGAAUUUAA